AUGGAUUUCCGGAAGACGUAUGCUGGUCCUGGUUCGCGCUCACCGGGCGAUCCCUUCGCUCAGUUCAGCAAGGACACUAGACAGGAACGGGAUGACCGUGCUCGCCAAGAGCCGUAUGGUAGCUCCAGACUCAACAGGACCGGGAGCCGCUACACCAAUUUCACCCAAAGCACCUCUGAUUUGGGGCCGGCGCUGCGAAGCCCGGGCCAGACGGGUAAAAGCAACAUCCCCCGGCAGCCCGGUCACCAGCCUCAGCAGAGCCCUCAUGCUCCCCCUUCACCACCGCCGCCUAUAGCUGUCGCUACCACAACCGCCGAGACGAACGAAGACAAGCUGCAAGACCUCAUUGAUGCCGGCCAGGAGCGUGAGGCGCAGCUCUUGGAGCAGAAGCGCCAAUUGGAGGCUUCCCUCCACGCCACCAACCUGCGCUGUGCUGAGCUUGCGCGGGGGCUGCAGCAGGCCACCGCCGCACUUGAUGCCGAACGCGCCUCCGCGGUGCGCCUGCGCUGCGAGCGCGACGAGCACGCCGCAGAGCUGGACCGUGCGCGCAGCCAGGCGGCUGAGCUUCAGGCCUCCGGCAGCGUAGCAAUGACCACAUCUGAGGUGUGCCGGGCGGCGCUGUCUACAGCCUUCAAGGGCACCGUCUCUGCUAUCGGCAGCGCGCACGAAGAGCUGGAGAGCGCGCUGGCGACGCAGCUACAGCAGCAGCUGGAAUUGGAUAUGUACCGGGUCCGUGUGGAGGAGCUCGAGGACUUGGCGUUCGAGCGCGGCGCAGAGCUUGAAAUGGCGAGAGUGGAGCGGCGGCAGCUGAGUCAGGCGAUGGAGGAGCUGGCGGAGCGGCUCCAGACCCGCGAGGACGAGCUAAGCGAACUGGUGUCGCUCCUUGCACCAAGUGGUGCCGCACCGGGAGACAAAGGAGCCAAUGGUGAUAACAGUGUAAAUGGAACGUACCGCUUGGCCGUGGACCAGGUCAAGGGCUUGAUGCAACGGGUGCAGCAGCUGGAACAGCAGCUUGCAAGUCAGAGUGUGGAUGUGGAGGCCCUGCUCAGCAGGGUGGCAGACUAUCAGGACCAGGCGGCCCGCUUGCAGCAGCACCUGGCCAGGAUUGGUCCCGGCUCAAGCUCCGAAACCGACGGCGGUGGCGGUGGCAAUCCGGAUGGAGAGGGGCAGCAGCAGGCACCCUCCGACCUGGAGACGCAGGUUUUGGAGCUGGUGGCCGAGCGGGAUCAGCUGGAGGGCGAUAACCUGCAGCUGGCGGCGGAGAACGAGCAGCUGCACCAGGAUGUGUCAGCGAUGCGCGACCGUCUCGAGGAGGUCCUGGUAACCGCGGCCGUAUUCACGGCGGCGUCAGACCGUGACGCUGCCACCGCCGCCGAAGUGGCCCGACUGCAACACCAGCUGAACACGGAGGUGGCUCGAGCCGAGGAGUGGCGGACGCAGGCAGAGGCGGCUCGUGCGGAGGUGCAGGCGGCGCAGCGGCGCGCGGAGCACAGCGCCAGUGUACUCCAGGACUUCACCGCACAGGCCGAAGCGGCGCAGGCCCAAGCCGAGGCGGCACGCGGCGCGCUGGAAGCUGCCCGAGUGGAGGGCCUGAAGCUGCGCAGCGAGCUGGAAGCGGUGCGGGCGCGGGAAGCGGACUCGAGGGCGGAAGCGCAGGAGGCGAGAGUAAAGCUGGAGAGGGUCAGAGCGAAGCUGGAGACGGCGCGGACCGAAGUGGAGGCGGCGCGGACGGAGGCCGAGGAGGCGCGGGCAGACGCGAAGGAGGCGCGGGGCGAGGUGGAAGCGGCGUUGGCGGAGGCGUUGGCUGCAAAAGGGGAGCUGGAGUCGGUGAGGGAGCGGGCGAGCCUAGAGGCUGAGCAGGCGCGUGUGGAAACAGAGGAGCGAGUGCGAGCGGCGGAGAGUGAGCGCGUGGAGGCGCUGGAAGCGCGUGUGGCUGCGCAGGCGCUCCGGGCCCAGGAGCUGGCUAUAGAAGCGACGCAGCUGCGUAGCCGGGUUUCGGAGCUGCAAGACCAGCUGCUGGCGGGCCGGCGUGUCAGCAAGGAGGCCAUGGAGCAGCUCAAUACCAUGCACGCCAACGAGGACGCACUCAUGCAGCGCAUCCUGGCGGGGGAGGCCGAGCGGCAGCAGCUGCUGGGACAGAUCGAUGAGGGCAACAGCACGCUUGCGGCCAUGAAACGAAGAUUGGAUGAGGCGACGCAGCAGGCGGCGGACGUGAUGGAGCUGCGCACCCGGGUGGUGGAGCUGACAGCGGAGGCAGAGCGCCAGGCGGAGGCCGCCGCCGCGGCGGGGUUGCGGGUGGGGCCCCUGGAGGCGGAGGUGAAGGAGCUGCGGUUGACGCUGCGGGCGCAUGCGGAGCUGGCUAGCCAGGAGGCCCGUGUGGGCGAGCGCCGUGAGGCCCAGCUGAUCGCGCUACGUCAGCGAGUGGUUGAGGCGGAGGACCAGCAGCGCCGCUCGGAGGUGGAGCUGCGGGUCCUCAAGGCUCAGGUAUCUGUAAAUGAGCGCCUGCGGUCGCAAGUGGACGACCUGCAGGCUCGGCUCGCGCUGGCGGAGGCAGAUGCUGCUGCAGUGCUGGCGGAGGCAACCGCGGCCCCAUCAGGCGCGGCCAAAAGGCUAGUCGUCGACGCGUACACGCAGGUUGAGGGCAGCGAUGCCGCCGCCGCCGACGACGACGACGGCGGUGAUAGCGAGGACGCUACCGCGGAAGAUGACAAGGGCCCCGCAUCCCAGCAGGCUACAUAUAAUUGUGAGUCUGCCGGUGACCGCGGCGGCGGCGGUAGCAGUGGCGGCGGGAUCUUGCUGGCGCCAAUGGAGUCCCUGAAUAGCCCCUUGAAGGGCCCGAUACUUUCGAGUCAGAGUCCGAUGCGCGCACACACCGCGACCAGGCAGUCAUUGCUCCUGGGGUGGCUGGGAAGCGCAGCUGGCGGCGGCGCUAGCGGCGCUGGCGGCGGCGCCGUCCCUCUCUUCAGCUCGGAGCACGUGGUAGCGGACAAUCUGCUGGCUUCGUACAACACUAUCCCGGAAGAAGAUCCAGAUGACGGCCAUGGCGGUACCGUCGUCGCCGCCGCUACCGGCAGGCGGUACGGCAGAGGGUUGUUGUCUUCGUCGCAGUCGUCGAAGCGGCGCCGCUGGGGACGGGUCCGACCUCUGAGGGUGGUGUUUGAGUUGGCGGUAAAAGGCACACUAGUGGCGGGCGGCAUGGCGCUCGGGCUGGCACUGGGGAACCCGCGGCCAUUUCAGGGGCUGGCAAUUGGUAGUAUCAGUGGCAGCUCUGGUUGCGAUGGCGGCGGGGGUGAAGCCGCGGCGACGCCGACGGGGGCGGCAGCGGCUGUGGUGGAGGCACUGAUGGAGAGCGCUCCACCCCCGGCCAUGGCUGCCGACUGA